AUGCCGCCAAAAGCGCCCACCAGUGACUCGGGCAGCGGCGACGCUCCUCUGCUCAAGGUGGAAACGGGAGCAGCAGACCAAGCAAGCGCGGGAGCUUCUCAACCCGCUAGCAACGCGUCCUCGACUCCAGCGAGCACGGCGAGUCCAGCUUCUUCCAAUCGACUCGAUUCUAUCGCGAGACCCGGCUCUGCGUCUGCACGCGGAGGUAGAGGCAGAGGCAGAGGUACGAUUACUCCCAAGCCCAAGUUCGCAGGUAGGCGUUCAGAAGCAGCACGAAAGGAAGCAGAGCAGGCAGAGGCAGCAAAGAAAGCAGCAGAGGCGGAAGCACAAGCAGCAGAGGCGAGAAAAGUAGCACGAGAUGCAAGAAAAUUUGGCUAUGGCAGAGGCGGCGAGCGAGGUCGCGGUCGUGGCCGUGGCAGAGGGCGUGGAGGACACAUGGGAGACCACCAGCAAGAUUCUGUCGCCAGUGGACCCUUCAGUGCUGGACAAGUGCAAGGCGAUGGCUCUGUGAGGAGAUCGGGCUGGAAUUCUGGCGGUGGGUCAGGCUUCCUGGGAAGCGGUGGUGGACCUGGCAGCAGUGGUUCACGAUUCGGCGGAGGAGGAGGUGGUGGUGGUGGCGGCGGUGGUGGUGGUGGUCGAUCAUACGGCUCGUCCAGCGGCACGAAUGUCAAGAUGGAAUACGGUAUGGGAGAUGUGAGCAUGCGCCCAGUCAAGACGGAAGACGGAGGUUAUAUCUCAAGCGACGAGGACGAGGGAACGGACGCAGGCCCAAAACAGAACGUGGACCAGAUGCAAUUCGUUGACCUGACUGGAGUCGAUGCCGAAAGAGGAAGUCGAAACCUCAUGGCGCCUGUUCGUUUGGUAAGAGUCCCUCACAAAGACAGAACUGUUGCUUUGAAUGCCGAAGACGCCGGUCUAUUCGACAGCGAGGACUCCGCGGACAAGGACGUGCCGCAAAAGAAGAAAGGCAAGCAGCGAGCUCGAGACGUGGAGGUCACCGGAGCAAGCGAGAAAUUCAGGCGUCCGACCGCCUACAGCUCCUCAGAUUCAGAUGGGGAUGUUCAGAUCAAGGAUGAGCCCAUGGACGAUGAUGAUCAGACGGGAUUGACAGCCCCCGAGUCAGUCCAAGCAACUCAAGACAUGCUGAACGAGCCACCGUCAUCACCAGAAACGCGACGCAAAGCGAAAGAGAAGGUGAAGGCUUCUGUUGAGUGUACUGAGGAUUCAGACGACUUCCCGACGCCCGAGGAGCCCAAGUUCCAAACUCAAGCCGAGAAAGACGAGUGGGACAGGAGGUAUAGGGACCUGAGGGCGAUACGCAAUGAGCUGGGCCAGAUCGUGACGGAUAAUGCGCAAGUGACAGAUGGUGAGGGCGACACCGCUAUGGCCGACAACACACCAUCUCGAGAAAAGGCAAGGGUUCAACAAGAGAUCAGGGAGAACCAGGUGUACGUGUUCCAAUUUCCACCGGUGCUUCCUAGCCUGGAGCCCAUCCACGUGAAAGAAGAUCCGGACGACAACAUCGUGGUUCGGAAUCCACGAGCUGAAGCCAUGGAGGUCGACAAGCAACCAGAGCCAAUUGCGCAAGCCGAAGCGUCGGGUCCGAAUGAGACAGACCAGAAUAUUAGCCAGCCGCAUCUGCCCUCAGGUUCGAUCGGCAAGCUGCGAAUCCACAAGUCUGGUAUAGCGACCAUGGACUGGGGGGGCACCAGCUUCCUCCUUGGCCAAGGCACGGAGAACGAUUUUCUGGAGACUGUUUUGCUUACUCGGAUGCCGGAUAAGAAGCCCAGAAACGAGGAAGAUGCCGCGUCAGAGCAGCAGGAGCCAGCCUUGGGCAUGAGCAUGGGACAGGUCAGAGGCAAAUUUGUGAUCACCCCUGAUUGGGAUGAGAUUUUGAAAUGA